CACACAUAGUGUCAAAAUUACACACACAACGCACACCCAUGCACAGAUAUACACACCCACACACCUUUGCCACAACAAGAAGCCAAAAAACAUAAAGCUCAAGAACAAUUUGGACUUCCAGUCCAAGACAGACACACACUCCUGCUGCUGGCUGUGUGUGUGAGACGUGCUCAGACACACACAGACACACACACAUACACUCCCGCAUUUGUCAGUGUGUGUGCGCGUGUGUGAGUGCUUGUCAGGAUGCAAGUGUCCUUCGCCUGUACGGAGCACAACCUGAAGAGCAGGAGCGAAGACCGUCUGUGUGGCCUGCGCACUGCCCCGCCACCAGGGGGCACCAGUGGCGGGGGUGGGGGAGGAGGCGGUGGGGGCGUAGCAGCAGAGAGGAUGAGCACACAGGCCAGCAACGGAAACUACGCUCCCCAGAGUUCAGUCAAACCUCGGGAGGGGGCGGGGUCACGGCCUGCACCACAAGGCCACGCCCACAUGAAGGAGACGAUUGGACGACAUAGCAGCAUGAAAUAUAGAAACCUGGGGAAAUCUGGUCUCCGUGUGUCUUGUUUGGGACUUGGGACAUGGGUGACUUUUGGCUCCCAGAUUUCUGAUGAGAUGGCAGAGAACCUGAUGACCAUAGCCUAUGAGAAUGGUGUGAACCUUUUUGAUACUGCAGAGGUGUAUGCCUCAGGCAGGGCUGAGAUCACUCUAGGUAAUAUUAUUAAGAAGAAAGGGUGGAGGAGAUCUAGUUUUGUAGUAACCACCAAGAUCUACUGGGGGGGACAGGCGGAAACAGAGAGAGGUCUGUCUAGGAAACACAUUAUUGAAGGCCUUCGAGGAUCUUUGUCCAGACUCCAGUUGGAUUAUGUGGACAUUGUCUUUGCCAAUCGAAAUGAUGUCAACAGCCCCAUGGAAGAGGUGGUGCGUGCAAUGACAUUUGUGAUAAACCAAGGCAUGGCCAUGUACUGGGGGACAUCACGCUGGAGCGGCAUGGAGAUCAUGGAGGCGUAUUCUGUGGCUCGCCAGUUUAACCUCAUCCCGCCAGUGUGUGAGCAGGCUGAGUACCACUACUUCCAGAGAGAGAAAGUGGAGGUGCAGCUUCCUGAGCUCUACCACAAGAUUGGUGUUGGAGCUAUGACCUGGUCCCCUCUGGCGUGUGGGUUGAUCACAGGAAAAUACAGCGAUGGUGUUCCAGAAUGUUCUAGAGCUGCAAUGAAAGGUUAUCAGUGGCUGAAGGAACGCGUGCACAGUGAAGAUGGUCGCAGACAGCUGGCAAAGAUUAAAGAGCUCCACCUGCUGGCCAACCGGCUGGGCUGCACUGCUGCACAGCUCGCCAUUGCAUGGUGUUUGCGCAGUGAAGGUGUUAGUUCUGUUCUACUGGGCGUUUCAAAUGCUGAUCAGCUACUAGAGAAUUUGGGAGCCCUACGGGUGCUCUCUCAGAUGACCCCUCAGACGGUUAGUGAGAUCGACGCUCUACUGGGGAACAAGCCCCAUGCCAAGAAAGAGUCCCGUGCGUAAGGAGAGAAUGAGAGAAAGAGAGAGAGGAAGAGAGAGCAUGAGUUUGGCCAGAAGAGAAGAGAAGAUGGAUGAGAAAAUGGAGUACUUUCGCUUUCUUCCCUUCCUGUGUCCUGCAUCUCCCUGCAUGGCUCUUCUCACUAUUGGGCUUCCAGAUCACACCUAGUCCUGGACCUGGUCCGAUCCGAACCAGACUGUUCAGUGCUAAACCAUUACUGGGCCCACUUAAUCCAAACCAGAUCCUAACCUAUUUCUGCCUCACUAGUCCUGACCUAUAAAUGAAAUAUAACUACACCUCUAAAAAAGAAAUCAAAAGAAAAAAAAUCUUACUCUAAAUCUCUACAAACAACAAGAAAAAAAGAGACAUGAGAACUCUAAAUUAAAGCUGUAAUAUCCUGUUAUUUACUCAUCUGGACAGAGAGAGAGAGAGAGAGAGAGUGAGAGAGCAUUAGCUUUCUGUCUUCCAGAAGAAACACUUCCUGGGGAGGAAGACAUAGGAAGGCCAUGAAGAACUGGCUUCCUCUCGCAGAAGAGUGUGCAGUAGUCUUCAGGAACGUGUGUGGUCUGCCGGGUCACUGCAAGUUACCACUAAUGAAGCAGUCAGUCUCAAGCAGCACAACACAACUCUGUG